AUGGACAUAGCAACCUGGGGAGUUUUGUCUUCCUGUCCCUCAUGCUUUGGGAGGCUCUGCAGUCUGCGCCUGAAGAAACUCACGGUGCUGAAAGAGCUGGACAAAGAGCUGAGCUCUGUGCUUAUCGCUGUGAAGAUUCAGGGUUCAAAGCGAGUCCUGAGAUCAAAUGAAUACGUCCUCCCGCCUGGCGGCCUGAUGGAGACCGAGCUGGAGCUGACCUUCUCACUGCAGUACCCACACUUCCUCAAGAGAGAUGGCAACAAACUGCAGAUCAUGCUGCAGCGGAGGAAGAGAUACAAGAACCGCACGAUCCUGGGCUACAAGACCCUUGCAGUGGGCAUCAUUAACAUGGCCGAGGUGAUGCAGCAUCCGACGGAUGGCGGGCAGCUUCUGGGCCUCCACAGCAACAUGAAGGAUGUGAACAUCCGAGUGGCUGAAAUCAGCAUCUACUCUUUGUCCAGUCAGCCCAUUGACCAUGAGGACGGGAGUGUCCCCUCAGGUCCUAAAAUCAAAGCUUCAGACAUUGAUAACUACUCUGAAGAAGAGGAUGACAGCUUCUCCUCAGAGCAGGAAGCCAGCGAUGAUGCUGUGCAGGGUCAGGAUCUGUUUGAUGAAGAGGAUGACUUGAGGAAAACCAAGAAGGCUAGGAGGAAAAUGAUCCGAACGACAUCAAUGACCAGACAACCAAACUUCAAGCAGAAAUUUGUGGCUUUGCUGAAGAGAUUUAAAGUGACGGAGGAGGUCCUGGACUCUGACCCUGUAGACCAGACCCAGGAGGUGGAGGAAGACCUGGGCUUGCUCUAUGACAGCCUGGAAGAGUGCAACAACAGUGACAGUGGCCCGGAGAUUGAGGACAAUGAGAGUGUGCACAGUACACCCAAGCCCACCCUGAGGCGUUUCUUUGAGGGAGUCUCUCAUUCUGGUUCCCAGACUGAAAUCGGCAGUCUGCACAGCCAGAAAGGGCAGGAUCAAGAGUCGGGCAGCCCUGCAGACAAGCGGAAACCAGGAGUGCUGCGACCACAGGAGGAGCCAGGAGUGGAGGUCCCUGCAGUGGAGCUGGCUGCGGAGGAGACAUGUUCACGGCUGGCCCCCGCAGAGGCUGCCACGAGGGAGGGCAGUGUGGACAGGCUGGCCCAGCUGGGCCCCGGGACCAAAGCUGAGCUCCCCAGUGCUGUGUCUCCCAGCAAGGCAGAGAGCAAGCAGUUGUGGCGUCCCCGCAGCACCUCUGUGAAGGACCGGCAGAGCUCAAAGGGACAGGGUGGCCGCACCAGCAGCCUGGACAGCGAGAGCUCUCCAGACUCAUGGCACAGCACGCAGGUGCCCCGAAAAUCUGUUUACGAUCAGCUGAACCAGAUCCUAGUCUCAGAUGAGCAGCUUCCCGAGAGCAUUGUGCUAGUGAAUGUCGCUGAGUGGCAGGGGCAGUACGUGAGUGAGCAGCUCCAGGCACACAAGCAGUUGGUCGUAUCCACCUGCUCCGUGGCGGACAUCCAGGCAGCCUUCAACACCACCGUCUCCCGCAUCCAGCGAUACUGUAACUGUAACUCCCACAUGCCCCCCCCGGUGAAGGUGGUGGUGGCGGGGGACCAGAGCUACCUGAGUGUUGUCCUCCGUUUCUUUGUGGAGCAACUGGCCAGCAAGACACCCGACUGGCUCAACUACCUUCGCUUCCUGCUUGUGCCACUGGGCUCUCACCCUCUGGCCAAGUACCUGGCCUCGGUGGAUAACAAAUACAGCACUCUCUUCCUGGACACAGCAUGGCGGGAGCUGUUCAGCAGGGCUGAGCCACCCAUCGCAGACACUGUGGACAUUGCAGGCCGCGUUGCCCAGUUCAUCGCCGGAGCCAGCCUCUCUCACCAGCUCCCCAUCUCUGAGGCCAUGCUGACGUACAAGCAGAAGAGCCCCGAUGAGGACUCCUGCCAGAAGUUUGUACCCUUUGUGGGGGUGGUGAAGGUGGGCCUGGUGGAGCAGUCCUUCAGCGCUUCUGUGGACUCAGAUGAUGCCACAGUCUGCACCCCCUCCCUGCUGAGCUCAGCGCCAGCCACCGGUGGAGCAGCCCCUUAUGGCAAGGAGACUGUGAGCACCCCGCCACCCUCCCCGUCUGUCAGCAGUGGCCUCUCAGGUGCUGGGUCUCUGAGCCCUGGUGUGGAGGUGAUGGGCCUGCAGGUGGACUACUGGACAACACAAGGGCUGGACAGGAAGAAGGAGGGCGAGAAGCGGGAGACGGGUAUCAAGAACACACUCAAGAGCAACUUCCGCUCACUCCAGGUCAGCCGCAUCCCCGGCACAGGGGAGCUGGUGCCCCCUAGCACCAUGGCCAUGACCGUGGUCACCAAGGAGAAAAACAAGAAAGUGAUGUUCCUGAGCAAGAAACCAAAAGAGAAGGACCUGGAGCCCAAAAGCCAAGUCAUUGAAGGGAUCACACGCCUCAUCUGCACAGCUAAGCAUCAGAACACCAUGUUGCGAGUCUCCAUAGAUGGGGUGGAGUGGAACGAUGUGAAGUUUUUCCAGCUGGCAGCACAGUGGCCAACGCACGUCAAGUACCUCCCUGUGGGCAUCUUUGGCUACUCGAAGAGUGUGUGAGACGCAGGGGCAGCCCUGGGAUGGAGCUGCGGAGGGUCGCAGGAGGAGACAGGGAGACAGAGAAAUGGACAUGCUCUUGUCCCCUCUCUUCUGCGGCCCAGCCCCUGCCUGCUCUGCAGAGGGAGAUACCACACCCGCGCUGCUCCCUGUGGGCCAAGACCCGUGAAGGUGAGGCCAGUGAGACCGGGUCCGCACACCCUCCAACACCAGCCAGGGCACCAUGCCAUCUGCCUCCCAUGACCCC